AUGACUCAGGCGGGGUCUGAGAGCGGAUGGGUCUUGGCAGCAGCGCCCGCUGUUGUGGCCUUAGAGCUUCUGACGGAACAAAGACGACAAAAAGUUGAAGAAUAUCUAUCAAGAAAAAAGACCUUUUCUGGCGUGCCCAUUCAAGAAAACCAGGCAUCCAUCAGUAGCAGAACUAGGAGAGCAACUAGCAAUAAACUACGAGACAAAAUACAGCUUUCAUCACCUCCAAAGCCAGGAAUGGAAAAUAAAGAGAAUGCUAAUAAACUGUCAUGGGAUCAGUCAAGUGGAACCUCAGAAAAAAAUGUUAAUUUAAAGUCUUCCACAAUCACACUGACAAAUUCCAUAACAGGCACCAACUAUAAUCCUGAGGAUCAUGCUUCCAAGGAUGAAGUAUCUGAAAUAAAAUCUCAGCAUGUGUCACUUAGUAAGUCCUUCUUGCAAAUAAAAAGCAUAAAAGAGAAGCAAUUGAUUGCAGAAAAACAAAAUUCAACUGUCAGCCUACCAAAGAAACCAGUGCUUGGUACAUAUCGUGGCAAAGUUAUCCAAUCCAAGAUAAACUCAUUCCGAAAAGCACCAAAAAGUGAGGGGGAAAAAAGUUCUUUGCCAGAGAAGAAGCUUCUUCCUCUUGCCACCAAACCAGCAGCAAGAUCUUUGUCCACAAGCACCUGUAGUGUAGUUCAGAAGACCAUCAAAGUCACAAAAUACCCUAAUUCUGUAAAGCCAAAUGGUGUCCUCCCACUCCAGAGCAAACCAUCUGCCAAAGCUGCUAUUAACUCACAGUCCAGUCUGAAAAAACAGCAGCCGACAUCUGUAGUGCCAAAGAAAGCAACGGUCCAAAAAAUGACUGGUGGAAGGGGACCACAGACUUUGAAGGCUGCUUCUAGAAAUUUUGACUGCAGAGCACUAGGAGGGAAGAAAUGUGCAGAUGCUUGUGAAGAUGUGAGACCGGAAGCUCCAGCAAAAGCCAUUUCUGUUCCUGAUAUAAAGUCAGGACAGGAUUUUAAAACUAAUGGCAACAGAAAUUCUGUUCUGCCAAAAGAGUCAGCAGAAGAGAGAAGAGCUCGCCUGGAUUUAUGGAGGACAUCUAGAGGAAAAGUAAUGAGGAGACCUCCUAUAUCUGUGCUUCUGGGACCCCAGUCUAAAAGCAAACAACAAGAAUUCUCUUCUGGUGAUUCUAUAGAGCAUGUAUUACAUAGUGAAAAGGUCAACAAGACUCUCGCAGAAUGUCUGCAGUUAACUGAACAGGGAUGUCAAGGUGAUGAAGUACGUGCCAUGUUGGAAGAUCUGACACAGAGCCUUCCUGGGGCUAAAAAACUUGCGAAAUAUUGGAUCUGCUGCAUGCGUCUCGAACAGAUGGGCCCUCUUGAAAAGCUUAUUGCUGUCUAUGAGGAGGCCAUUUUGGCAGGAGCAAUGCCUAAAGAUGACUUGCGACACACACUAAUAGAUACUAUGAAAAAUACUGAAAGCCUUUUUAAGUCUGAGGAUGUGGGAACUGUGGUAGAAGCUCACUUAAGUGAGGUAGUGGAAAUCAGCGAGGAACCAAAUUUGUCCGUCGAGCAGGUUCAGGAGGCCUUUAGGGAUCUCUGCUGUGAGGAUGGCCAAAAAGCAGAGAAUGAUGAGAAGAAGGCAGAAACUAGCAGCGAAAUGAUAAAAAAAGAAACCGAUUUAGAUUUGAAGCAGAGAGAAGAUACCUUGCCAAAAAAGAAUAAAAAGCACAAGACUAAAGAACAUACAAAAAAGAAAGGAAAACAUAAAACAGAAGAGCAGAUUGAGGAUGGGGUAAAAGAUAUAGCCCAAGUAGUUAAUUCUCCAGAGAAGAAUGACACAUACUGUUUAACAAGAUACAAUCUAGCUACCACAUCAUACUUGGAAAGUGUGAAGAAGCACCAUGAGGCAGAUGACACCAGUGCUAAAGACCUGACAGCUGUAACCCCUUUGCGAUACUCUCAGCGCAUUCGGGAAAAGAUGUGCAAGCUGUCUGAUGCUGUUAAAGAUCAAGAUCCAUGUGUCUCUUCGUCUGAACAGCUGGGAGAACUGGAAUCAAAAGCCGCUGCAUCAAUGGACAAACACAGCAAUGUACUCAAAGAAACAAGGGUUGAAGUAGAAGAGUAGAAAGUAGCAUUAAUGCUACAUGGGGGUUAAAGAUUGCAUCCUUUUUAAGGAAAGUAGGGAGGAUGCUUGUUUUUAGCAACUUUGAGAGAAGAACCAUCUAAAACUUGUGUGGAUGGCUUAAGAUGAAUUUUGACUGCCUGAGUCACUAAACUUUUGAAUUUAUAAGUUUCUGCCUUUAUCAAAAUUGUCGUACAUGUGGUCUGGUUUAGUACUUAUAAACAUCAGUGCCUUCACAUUCAGUAUUUAAUGAAACACAUUUAAUUAAGGACUAGGUUUAACACUUCAUAUAACAGUUUGGUUAUAUUGCUAGUAUCUGUGGCUUUCCUGUUGCAAUUCCUAUAAAUUCUUUAGAAUUGCAUAAUCUAACUUUUAGUUUAAGAAACAAAUUUAGGCAUUCCAAUAGGGCAAUGUCUACUACAGCAACAUUUAGUUUUGAAAACUGAAACCAGCUAGUAAGGUGUACACUAAGUCUAAACUGUUGUGUCCAUUUCUGGGGGGUGUUUCAACAAAAAUGAGUUCAAUCCAUUUAGUUACUGGGAUUAUUCAUGAUCAUUCAUCUCCCUUAAAUGAGGUCUGAUACACUAAUUAUUA